GACGCAACGUCUUUGCCCACUGCCCCUAAAGCGCCAAGAUGAUGCCUUUGACGACUGUGGCUGCUGGCACCGCUGUCAGGGCUUGGCGCCGCACACUAACCACGGCAGCACCGAGGCUGCUGAGAAUAAGCAAUGUCGCCAGCAGGGCACUGUCUGCUGCGCCACAAGCCAUCCCAAAACCUUCCAAGCAACAGCGUUUCAAGGAAUAUUGGGAGCGCAGAUCAUCAGAGGAGAUGGAGUCGGCAUCGAGAUGGGGUGAACUUGAGGUGCCCGAGAUUGACGUUGCGACCAUGACGGACGAGGAGUUUCUCGCCUAUCGCGGCGAGCGGCGUGUGCGCACGAUGGCGCUCCGCCACGAACUCUACCAGACCGUCUUCCAUCAGAUGUUUGUACCAAAGAAGAACGUGACGCUGGCGUUUGGCGACGUCGGCCUCGACACCGCCUUGUAUCGCGGCAACAUCAUCAAGGCGGCAACGAUGACGGAGCAGCCCACGCUUCGAUUCGAACCGCAACCAGACAAGCUGUACACCGCUGUAUUUAUGGACGCCGACGGCCGCAUGGACGGCUCAAAGGGCCAACUCGUGCACUGGCUUGUGACGAACAUUGCUGAUCCAACCCGCCUCGACGACGCCAACACGGUGCUGCCAUAUCUUCCGCCCGUCCCGCCCAAGAACACGGGGUACCACCGCCUGGUGCUUGCGCUGUACGAGCAAUCGGAGCGAUUGGACGAUGUGAAGAUUGGCCCCAACAACACACAGCAGCAGCAGCAGCAGAAGGGUGCUGGCGGGAACGCGGCGGCGUUGGCUGCACGCUACGUCAAGUGCGACAAGCUUGGCACGCGGUUUCAGAUGGAGCCUGUAGCGUUGGCGUUUGCACAGGUGUGCUGGGACGAGAGUGUCGACGCCACCUUUGAGCAGCGCCUCAACAUGAAGGCCCCCAUGUUUGCAUGAUGACGCUGUAGUGUGUGUGUCUGUGUCUGUGUGCCUGUGUCUGUGUCUGUGUCUGUGUCUGUCUGUGUCUGUCUGUGUCUGUCUGUGUCUAUGUGUGUCUGUGUCUGUCUGUGGAUGCCUUGUGUUGAGUGCCUUAUUGAGUGCUUGCGUUGCCAUCAAUCAAUCAAUCAACGAAACUCAAACGCAA